AUGCUUCAGAACGAGGCUCGCAUGUUGGCUGAGAUUCGGCACCCGAACAUCGUUACAUAUCAUGGAGCUGUCAAUGAUAUUCCAAACACAACCUUGCAUCUCAUUAUGGAGUAUUGUCCGCUCGGUGACCUAAAACAGUACAUCAGUGGUUUCUCCAAUCGAGGCAGGCUGACCCCGGAGACAAAAAUAUGGGAAAUCCUUGAGCAGCUCACCAUGGCGCUUUUCCGGUGCCACAACGGUUACAAUCAUCAUCGUGAUUUGGCGGGCAAUCAUGGGAUCUUCAUUUACGACUCUGUCUGCAGCACCAUUAAGCUCGGCGAUUUUGGCGUCUGUGGUCGCCUGGAGCCAGGCCAACAAAUGCGAACCACCUUUGUCGGAACUUCUUCCUACAUGUGCCCCGAGUUGCUCCUUUGUAACCCUUAUACUGCAAAGAGCGAAGUCUGGGGACUAGGGUGCAUCUUGCACGAAUUAUGCACCCAAACCUUAACAUUCACACCACUUCCAGCAGAUGGCCUCGAUUCGUACAUGGACUACAUUGGCACUGCAAGGGGAUUCUAUCCAGAUAUCCCGGGUUUAUACUCCAACGAUCUCAGAAAACUCAUCAAAGGCUGUCUACUCCUGAAUGCGGAGGAGAGGCCUGGGAUAAUGGAGAUUGCUGACAACCCAUGUGUCGUCAUAGCCCGCGGUGAUCGACGUCUGGAGAUGGCCCAUGCCACUUGGGAAUCUGAGAAAACUGUUAAUAUUAGGGAAGCUGAACAAAGGCACUAUCGAUCGAUCAAAAACUUCUGGAUUAAGUAUGAUGAAGCUAUAUCUAUCCUCCCUGAAAGGAUGGAUGACGAUGACGAUAAUGAUGAUCUUAGUACCGAAUAUAUAGAUUCGGGGGAUUCUGAUGAUGAUCACCAGAUAGAAUAUCUUGAAAAUUAG